UCUCUCGCAGUUCCUCUUUCGUCUUCUUCUUCUUCUUCUUCUUCUUCGUUUUUUUGUUUCUUCAAUAUGUUACCGGUUCUCCGGGGGGUGCGUUCUUUUUCUAGAGAAAAAAUUUCAUAUGGGUGUUCUGAAAAAUGGGAGCUUUUGUAUUCUUAUGUUUCUGUGAAUUUUUCUGCGGCAAAAAGUCUUCUAUUUCGCACCUUGAAAUCUGAAACCAUGAAAGAAGCUAGGGCUUGAGACUACCGACUGUAACAAGGUCUGUUCUUUGCCACCUUUUUGUUUGAUUUUUUCAUCGGGUCCGUUUUUUUUUUUUUUACUUCUUUUAAUGAGUUAGUGGUAAGUCUUUUUCUCUCUCUUUCAGUCAGUUUUCUCAGACCCAGUUGAAUCUGAUAUUCCGAGUCUUCAUUGUUUUCAAAUUUCAGUCUUUUGGGAGGUUGAAUUUUCGUAAAAUCAGAUUCAGAAAGCGUGCUUUGGGGUUUUUGUGUAUUUGAAGAUGGAAUCUUGACUGUACCAACUGUUUGCUUUCUCGUUGAGGAUCUGUUUUCGUAGUUGAUUUUUCGGAGUUGUGUUUUUUUUUCGUAGUCUCUUCUGGUCUAGGUGUUUUCUGAUUGGGGAAUUAGGGUUUUUUGGUGGGUGUUUGGGUGUUACCAUGGAGGAGGUUGAAGAAGCAAACAAGGUAGCUGUUGAGAGCUGUCAUAGAGUUCUCAAUCUCUUGUCUCGUCCCCAAGAUCAGGUUCAUUACAAGAAUUUAAUGGCGGAAACUGGAGAGGCUGUUUGUAAGUUUAAAAAGGUUGUUUCUCUUCUCAAUACUGGUUUAGGUCAUGCUAGAGUAAGGAAGCUGAAAAAGCCACAAACCCCUUUUCCUCAACGCAUUUUCCUAGAAAAUCCUCAACAUAGAACAAACCAACCUUCCAAGACUCCUCACUUUCUUCAAUCUAGUUACCAUGAAAGUCUAAUUCAAGAAUCAAGCAGUUCACAUGCCAAGAAUUCUCUGUGUUUGGGAAGCCCUUCUUUUGAACUGAGCUCAAGUGGGAAAAACCCUCUUCAACUAGCCCAACCAACACCAUCUGGACAGUACCAUUUCCUCCAUCAACAACAUAAACAGCUCCAACAAAGGCUACUUCAGCACCAGCAGCAGCAGCUGAAAAAUCAAGCUGAAAUGAUGUUUAGGAAGAACAAUAGUGGGAUUAACUUGAAUUUUGAUAGUUCUAGCUGCACUCCUACAAUGUCAUCCACCAGGUCUUUCAUUUCUUCCUUGAGUGUAGAUGGUAGUGUGGCUAACUUGGAUGGAAGUGCCUUCCAUUUGAUCGGUGCACCCCGCUCAUCGGAUCAGAACUCACAACAACACAAGAGGAAGUGUUCUGGAAGGGGAGAAGAUGGGAGUGUGAAAUGUGGAAGCAGCAGUAGAUGUCACUGCUCCAAGAAGAGGAAACAUAGGGUGAAAAGAUCAAUCAAGGUACCUGCUAUCAGCAACAAGCUUGCUGACAUCCCUCCUGAUGAUUAUUCAUGGAGAAAAUAUGGGCAGAAGCCAAUCAAGGGGUCUCCUCACCCAAGGGGAUAUUAUAAAUGUAGCAGCAUGAGAGGUUGUCCCGCGAGGAAGCAUGUGGAGAGAUGUUUGGAAGACCCAUCAAUGCUUAUUGUGACAUAUGAAGGGGAACAUAACCACCCUAAGUUACCAUCACAAUCUGCAAACACAUGAACAUGGUGAGGGUUUUAGCGAAGAUCGGAUCAAUCAGGUCAUGAGAACUUUUGUUUAUGGUCGGCUUUGUAUUGCUCCUGUACAUAUUUUUGUCUGUUCAAGCAUGGGAAUAGGUUCGGAGCAGUGUUUCUCUCUUUUUUUUUUUUCUUUUUUUUCCUUUUAUAGCUUCGGGGAGUUGGCUUUGAAGCCUUUUAAACAAUCUGGUAGCAGGUCUGAGACCUAAUGCCGGAACAAAAAAGAUGCGGAAUUGGGGUUUCAAAUUGUAAGAAUCUUUCAUCUUUUACUGCAAUCAGUGGUUCAAAUAGUUUAAGUUAUUUCCUCAAUGGAGAAUAGUAAGCUAAAACCUAUCAUGAUGAGAUGGGUGUGUUUGGUUUUAA